AUGGAGAAAUAACCCCGAAAAAAAGGGAGGGAAAAAAAUAUGGACAUGAGACAUCUCUUCUCCGGCAACUCACACUAUGUUUAGCACUGUAAAGCGAAAACCCUAGCACUCGCUCAGAGGUUUAUGCCCAUUUCGCCAAUGGCGUUGAGUCUUUCUUUUAUCCAAUAUUCUCCUCUCCAUGCUAUAUCAGCUCACCGACUGUUUCCUAUACCCUCAAUUUAUACUCCCAAAGUUGUUCUGAAAAACUCAAGGCAUUGUUUUUCUACCAUCACCUGCUCUGCUGGGAGGCCAAUCCCGACGACGGAGGAAGAGGUUCUUCAAGCUGUGCUGGAGUCCGACGAGAAGAUUCUUCCUUGUGUUAGGACGUACGAGAAUGACUUGUCUCGCCUUACUCUUGUCGGAGGCGUCGAUUUUCGGCAGUCUGUUACGGCAGCUGCGGCUGACGGCGGUGAAGCCGCCUCUGAGCAUCUUGAUUCUGGCAUGUCUGCAAUGGUUGUGGAGACUGUAUUUCCGGGAAAUUCUGACGAGCACAGCACGGUCUCGACCCGGCUGUUUUUACCUGCCAGAGAAGUUAAGGAAAAGGCUAGGAAGCUCAAAAAGUCUCUCGCUCAAGAUUUUCAUUCAAGUACCUCGUCCAAAAAUAUACUUGCUAUGACGUUUAGACAAGUAGUAUUGCAACAGCUCUGGAACUUUGAACUGGUUGUCUUUAUACCCGGAUCUGAAAGGAAUAUGGAAGAUCUUGAAAAUCCAAGAGAGCAGGUUCCAAUUUCUUUCACCCUCAGUUCAUCCGAGGAACGAGCCAUCUCUGUUCUUGCAGAAACUGUUUGCAUGUGCGCUCUUCAAAAUACAGAAGGAAAAUUUGUCAAUGGGACAUCAAGUGGAACUUCAACUAGAUUUUUUGAUUGGUUCCGGAAGUCUACAAUUGUUGCAUCAAAGGAUUCUUCAGUUAUUAUCUACAAGUUAUUUGACAAUGAGGUAGCUGAUGCCAAGAGUCUAUUACAAAAAUUUAAUUCAAAUAAGGAGAGCUGGAAACGUAGGAAUUUCAAGUCGAUGAACUAUUGGUGGAUGCCUUCUGAACUCACUAAACUAGAAAAAAUCGGUGGGGCUGAAUUCUGUGCAUGGGUUAGCGAGUAUGUACCUUCUUACAGGCUACAAAUUGAUGCUUAUCAGUUCAAUGGCUUAAAAUUUGGAGGCUGGAGAGAAUCUGCUGAGAAUAGGUGGGAAGUCCUUUUGACCCACUCCCAAAUGGUAGGAUUGGCGAACAUAUUAGACAUUUUCUAUGAAGAUGUAUAUUCUCUGCCCGAUAAACUACUGCAAUGUGGUGCAAUUGUGCAUUCUGCUAGCUUGUUAAGCAAAAAGAGAAACUAUUCCUCCUGGGGAUUGCUAUCCAAGACUUUAGCUGGUGGAGUUUUUCUUGUCGCUAUUGGUGCUGUUGGUCAACGUUUUAUGUCUCGAGUUCAUGUGCCUGGACGGUGUAGUGUAGAACGGCCCAUUACAUCACUCUAUGGAGUUAGCUCUGUGAAAGAUCAAGCUAUAGAAGCUGCAAAGUUGGAAGAAUACUGCACCUCAGUUGUAAAAAUAAUAAAAGAUGCCUUUGGUUGGCAUGGUGAUGUACAUACAGAUAAGAGAGUUGGUGCAUGGAUUGGGGAAGCUCCUGAUUACUUGAUGGUGGUUGAAUCUGAUAUUGGUAGUGAAGAUGCUCCGUCUGGUACGACAGAACAAGAAAGUACUGAUGGAGUAAAAGCUUCAGCUCAGGAUAUAGCUAGUUAUCAGGUGGUCUUGUCGACUGAAGGAAAGAUUGUAGGAUUCCAACCAACCAGUCGGGUCGCUGUUAACUAUUGGGCUGCAAAUCCUUUAGCAAAGCAAUUAUACGGGGGGAGGAAUUUGUCCCCGGGGCUUAUCGAAACUGGGUUAAGGAUCAGGCGCCCUAAUGAGGUCAUUGUAAUAGAGUUGCUUAUGUCAGUGAAAACUGAUGCUUUCUUUGCUUUGGCAAGGCCUGCAUAUUACUCAAUCCCCUGAGUUCGCAGGCAGCAUGGUUGGAUUUUCAGAAACGCCAUUCUCAACAUGAAUCUGGAUAUUUAGACGCUAGUGCAGCUCCUGGAUAAUUUUAUUACCUCCAGUCUCCCCUGAAGAGUCACCAUGCUGUGCAUUUCGCCCAAAUCUCCUCGAUGCUGUUGGAGUCGUAUAGUUAUUCAAGUAGCGUAGGAAAUUUUGUAUUAUUGACAUCCAAAUUAGUUUUCAUGUUUGCUUAUUAUGGAUGCUAUGACCAACAGUUUAUAUUGAUCUAGUAUCCAUUUGUGCAUAUUGAAUUAAGAUCCGUACAAGUACUAUAUCCUCUUUUGCAUUUCUCUAUUUCGAAUGAGUUUCUUCUAUCAUA